UAGGCACUGUAGGUCCUGGAUUAACCUCUACAUCACCAGAGGAACAAAUAAUGUUAUCAUGAUGCCACUUUGAUUGAACGACGUUGUCAUGGAUGUUGUGUCUAUUCAUUCUUUGUAGUGAUUCACGUGGAACCAAAGCAGGGCAGUGGGAUUUGUUCUACUUUGACUGCUGUGUGUAAAUAAUACAUCCAAAGAGGAGAAGGGUUAGUUUCCUGUUCUGGGGUAAAAUGGAUCACUGGAGCUCAGUGUUUGUAAAGGAUACGACGAGAGCCUAUCAGAAAGUGUAGUAGAGGCUAAUUGGCCACACUUCCUAAGUCAGGAGUGACCACCAGUCUUUUCCAGUAGUGUCGGUGAAGAGUGUAGAAACAAGUGUGGGAUAUUAUGUCACUCUAUAAAAAACACAUCCAAGCGUUCUGGUAAAUAGUGUGAUAAUUGUUUGUCUGUAAAGUCAGAGUCCCCUGUUCUCACUUUCCUGAUAUUCAUAAAUCUAAAGAGAAGUUAUAUGAUAAUCUGAUCCUCCAUAGUGAUUCCUUCAUAGAGGAUGAUAUCAACCACCUCUAAGUAGUCUCUAAGUAGCAGUGUAAUUAAUCAAGCUAGCAGGCCCCCACCCCAGCACUUCUGCCACCUGUUAAGGUUUCCAAGCACCAAUGGUAGAGUACGGUUUCUCUCCAGUCCCUCGUGCUGACCUAUCACAUUACCCAAUGAAUAUUUCAUCCAUUCCUCCAGUGAUAGGAUCCUUCACCUCCCAGAGACCAGUGGAGUAAACACAACACUAGACAAGGACUUAAUUCCUGAAGUAAGGAGAGUAUCUCUUGGUGGGAUUUGGCAGUUGAUGAGUUCCAUCCAUACUCGAAGCCUAGUAUACCUACUUGUCUACUUGUAAGGUUGAAUCAGGUGGAAUCGGACCACAUCUCUGGAUGUGGAUUCAACAUGUCGCUGAGAGCCACAUCUCACAGCAACCUGCAGUGCCUCUCCUCACCAAAGCCUCUGGCGUUGGACAACGGGAUAUACAAGACUUUCUCCCUGAGCAGCAGCAAUAUGAAUGGGAACGGGGGAGGUGGCGGGAGGAUAGUGUUUGGGAAGGAGCAGGUGGAGGAGGUGAAGGGGUUCUCUACGCCACACAGGAGGCCUGUGCGGGCGGUCAGACCGGUUAGUGCCCACAGCGUUAACGUCAGCGGAUCCUUCCUACAGAUCAACCAUCUGCAAGGAGAGCUGGUGAGGAAGAGAAAGGAAUGUGAAGACCUAAAGAAGGAAAAUAAGUAUCUAUCCAAUGAGAUCCACAUGGAGCGGAUUAUGAUGCGGACAGAGAAUGAACUCACCAUGAGGAACCUGAGAAACCUUAACCAGGAGCUCCAGGCCCAGGUCAAAGAGCUGAAGCACAAGGUGUACCUGGCCCAGCAGAGGGCGACGUUGUGCACCCGAGUGGCGGAUGAGGCGACCGAUGCGCGGGGCGAGGCAGAGAAGCACAGGGCCCUUGCAGAGGCCCGGGCCCACAGCCUAAGGCAGGACAGAGAACUGACAGAGGCAGACAGGAGCCAACUGAGCGAGGACCUGCUGAAGCUAAAAAAACAGCACCAAGACGCUCAGCUUCUUCUGGCACAAACGGAGAAGAACUAUUUUGAGACAAGGCUGAAGCUAGACAGGAUAUCAGGAGAGAAACAGGCUCUGCUGGAAGAGAACAGAUGUCUGGAGGGGGACAGGGAUGCUCUGAGGCACAAACUCAGACAAGUGAUGGAUGAGAACACAAAAGUCAACGAAAAGGAGGCGAGUUCGAGGCGCAGGGCGUUGGUAGCGGAGGAGCAGAGUGAGAAGGACAGCCAGGCGAAGCAGGAAGCUAACCAGGAGAGGCGGCUGGUGGAGAAGGAGAGGCAGGAGCGCACAACCGAGUGUCUCAACUGGAGGGAGAAACAUCAGGCUCUGGCAGACAUCUUCAAAGCCCAGGAGGACCUCAAGUCUCAGAGGCAGAGCAAAGCAUGUCAAGCUACUAUCAAAAGCUUUUUCCUCUGCAUGACAGAAAAUGACCAGAGGGUGAAGAUUCUGAAGAAUCAAGAUGGCACUCCCAGGAACUUCACAGAAGGGGAUCCAAUCUUCAUCUCCACACCAGAGCAUGGGGCUGAGGAUGAUGACAGGAGCUCAUCCAGGAGCAUGUUCAGAGUAUCUGCCCCGCGAGUGGGAAAGGACCUAGGCCCAUCUCACUUUGGUGAUCUGUCUCCCGGCCUGGGAGGGGAGCACGAGGCCGGGCAUCCACGGAGAAGCAGGAAAACGGUGGAAUAUUUCUGGAUCCCAACAGAUGAGGAAUGACGGCAUUAUGCACAUUGUUCACUGACGAGUUACAACCCAUUUUGGAAUAGCCUGUUUUGUUUGUUGAUGCUUUUCUAUUUACCAAGGGAAAAAUGGAAUGUGUCGUUUAAAUGUAAAGAGUAGUCAACUUUCAUGAUGCGAAAGAUGAAAUGACAAUCAUGGGGCGGCAGGGUAGCCUAGUGGUUAGAGCGUUGGACUAGUAACCGAAAGGUUGCAAGUUCAAAUCCCCGAGCUGACAUGGUACAAAUCUGUCGUUUUGCCCCUGAACAGGCAGUUAACCCACUGUUCCUAGGCCGUCAUUGAAAAUAAGAAUUUGUUCUUAACUGACUUGCCUAGUUAAAUAAAGAUAAAAUAAAAAUAAUCAGCACGGGAAAGUGAACACCAUUUAUAUAGACAUUUGUAAUAGUUUGAAUUAAAAAGUGCAAAGGACAACAA